AUGUACUUCGCUUCCAUCCUUGCUCUCGUCACCUUCGCGAUCUCCUCCACCAUCGCCUUACCCGCCUCGACCUCCCCCAACCACAUCCCCAUCCCCGCUCCCGGCACUCAACCCGGCUGCGGCCCCGCCGGCUGUCACAACCCCACCGGAACCUUCGGCCUGCAACGCAACAACCACAUCUACCACUCUCUUUGCGAUCAACACCGUCCCUCUGCCAAACACGAUCAUCGCGUCAAAGCCUGCUUCGACACGCAACUCAAACUCGAACGGUACCUCUCCGCUCCCAGCCCUCGAAAGCUCCACGGUUUCAUCGACGGUAGCGACACCAACUUCGUCCUCUUCGCAGGUGAAAUCGUCACUCUGGACGAGACGUUGGAGAUUCACGUGGACAAGGUCAAGGGUGACAAGAAGGCCGAGGAACACGGUUGUGCGAGGGUCAAGAUCUAUCAUUUGCCAAAGUGGACCUUGGAGCUGGAUGAAGUUUGGUGCGCUGGACACGAUGAGCCGAUCCAGCUCUAA